CAUUGAAUUGAGAUAUAAACAAGCAGGAAACCUUCAAUGAUUUCUUGACGUGUGAGCUAGGCUCGUCUAUGCACCGUUUUCCCUUUCUUUGCUCAUUACGUGGCACCUUUUACAUCACCGUGGCGGCGGGGUCUCAAAUUGUGCCCAUAUCUACCACCAGCCACACAUAAAAGCAAACCAAACACUUCCUACCUAUCAAUUGAUACAUUCAAGCGCACCUGAGAUUCAUAUAAAAAUGUCUGCAAUCUACGCCAGCCAGAACACGGCCGUCAUUACAGGCGGCGCGUCUGGCAUCGGCCUCGCGCUCACCAAGAAGUGCGUUGGCUAUGGCAUGCGCGUGCUCGUUGCCGACUUUGACGAGAAGAACCUUGACGCCGCGAAGUCGGCCCUGGGCGACAAGAUUGACACCAUCAGGAUCGAUGUUGGGAAGAUCGAGGACUGGACGGCUUUGAAGGAGAAGGUCGAGAAGGACUUUGGAGGAAAAAUCAACCUCCUCGCCCUGAACGCAGGGACCAGCCUCCGCGUGUCCUUCUCGGACGCAGAUACCUCAGGCUUCGAGAAGAUCAUGCAGACGAACCUGUUCGGCGUGAUCAACGGGAUAACGACGCUAUUGCCCCUCGUGAAAGCGCACGCGACGACGGCUGAGCCCGCUGCCGUUGUUAUCACGGGCAGUAAGCAGGGCAUUACUAACCCGCCGGGCAAUCCGGCGUAUAACGCUUCUAAAGCCGCUGUUAAGGCCCUCGCCGAGCACCUCUCGUUCGACCUUGCCGCGUCGCAUCCUGGUGCUGUUGCUGUCCAUUUGCUUGUUCCUGGGUGGACUUGGACGACGCUUGCUGGGGCUACGGGCGGAAGGGAGAAGCCGGAUGCUGCUUGGACGCCCGAGCAAGUCGUCGAUUAUCUGGAGAAGAAGAUGGCCGAGGGCCAGUUCUGGGUCCUGUGCCCUGACAACGACGUCACGGAGGACAUGGACAAGCGUCGGAUGCAGUGGAACACGGACGAUGCGAUCCUCGGUAGGCCACCGCUAAGUCGUUGGAGGGAGGAGUAUAAGGAUGAGUUCAAGGAGUACAUGGAGAAGAAGUAGGUGUGUGAAAGGUAGGGUUACAGUAUGGAUAUGAAAACUCUCUACCAUGAAGGACAGAACGCCAAGUCUUGCGGUCCAAAGGGG